CUUAAUGACUGAGCCACCCAGGCGCCCCUGGAUAAAAAACUUAAAUAAAAAAAAAAGACAAAAUGGAAAUUCUGGAUCUGAAAAAUACAGUGGCUAAAAUAAAAACCACAAUGGAUGGGCUAAACACCAAGCUGGACUUCACAAAAGAAAGAAUAAGUGAACUUGAAGACAACUAAAUAGAACUUACACUGAAGCAGAGAGAUUAAAAAACAAAAACAAAACCACACACUUGAAAACAUGAACACCAUCGCUUAGCAUUGAUAUAUUCUCAGACUGGGAAGGAUACAUGAAAUUGGGAUCAGAGUAAGAGGAGGAAGAAAAUAGGGCAGGAAAAAAUAUUUGAAGAAAUAAAGAGUGAAAAACUUUCCAGAAGCUCACAACAUUCUAAGCAAGACAAGCACAAAGCAAUCACAUCACAGUGAGUCUAUCAUAGCCAAAGAUGAAGAGAAAACUUACAAGUAGAUAGAGGAAAAAGACACAUCCUCCUCCGUCCUCCCCACCUGCCCUGCUUCCUGGGAUUUGUUGCUUCCUGUCCCCUGGCUGGGAGCCCUGACCCCUAUCCACAGGAGGCCUUGAGGCCAAGCUGACCUGAGUCUCCGUGCUGUUCCUAGCUCCAGUUCUACCUGUGGCAGCUCCUAGGACAAGGUCCCCUUCUCAGUGUGGUCACUCUGGUGCUCUUGCAGCCGCGCUCUCCCUUCCACAACUUCCAGUCGGAGCGUCUCUAGCUCUUCAAGUGUGCCUUGCUCCUUUCUUCUGGGAGCUCUCGUCUUUCAGAAUCCCUCUCCGCUGUCUUUUCCCCACUCCAGGGCUGCGCCUCCUAGGUCGCAGAUGUCUGAAUAGUAGGUUUGCGCCUGCACUGUGUGGAUGCCAACUUUAGGGAAAUAAAAUUGGGAAUUCAUUCACAUGGCUUGUGACGUCGUGGGUGGAGGUCUGGAAGGCCAAUCCGCCUGUUGUGGGCUUGUCCGCCGCUCCAGCAUCAGCCUGCAUGGGGCUCUUUGCUCUCUCUCUAUCACCAGCUACGUCGGCCUCCUUUAGGUCCGCCUACAUUUUUUUCCGCCUCAGGCCUUUGCACCUUUUGUUCCUGGGGCUGCGGUUCUCCUACAGACCUCUACAGAGAUAACACCUGUUCGUCCACUUCCCCAGGAAAGCCUCUGCCCUCCCUGAUUAGGACAAAUGCUCUGUAGGACUUGGCUUCGUGUUGUGACUUUUUCUAUGAGGACCCAUCAGAACUGUAACUCCGUUGUGUGAUUACUGUGUCCAUCAUGUCCCCCUUGCCUGUGAGCUCUGCAAAGGCAGGAACCCUAUGUGGUUUUGCCCAUUUUGUAUUCUCCAGUCCUGGGCACAGAGCCUGGGGUCCAGGAACUGCUCUGCUAAUAUCUUGUGAGUGAAUGGAUGGGUGAAUGGGUGGAUGGUUCCAGGCAGCAGUUUGGCUGAGUAUGUCAGUGGUUCUUCUGGGAGUGACUCUUAGAGAAACCCAACUGACUGCCAUAUAUCAUGUAUUUCCCAGGUGUCUCUUAAUACAGAAUCUAGUCCCUCUUAGCCAUUUCACACUCAGCCCCUGCCUGGCUCUCUAGAAUGCUCUCCACCCUGUAGCAGCUGCUUUCAUCUUCCUGCCUCCACCCUUAGACUCACUGUUCCCGCAGGUGUGGGCACACCUACUGGUGCUACCCUUAGAAGUCACUGCAUAUACUCCUUUGGGAGACUAAAAAAUCAUGUGAAAGAAGUGCUCCUGGACUCAGGCAACCCGGGGUUCUGUGGGGGGAAGAAACCUGCUUCUGGCUGCCCUGGCCUUAGAAGUCAGCAGCUGCAACCUACUGGGCAAGGGCUCUGAUCCUGCGACAGUGUUGUCGUCACAGGGCUUCCUGAACAUACAGGAGGGAGGUCACUUCCCGAGUCACCAGCUGAGAAGCAGCGGGGACAGGAGAGGAACCCAACUCCGUGGGCUCCAGAACCCAGGGCUCCCUAGCAAGCUAGUUCACCUGCUUCUAGAGUGUGGCCUGGCUUGGGAAAGUGGUACCCUACCGACAGUCUCGUAGCGACAGUAGCUUCCCUGCAGGUAAGGAGCCGCCGCCAGGAAACCAUUCCCCUUCGCCACAAUAGGAAGCUGAGGCCCAGUGGGGCCAUACGGGGGCAGAUGGCAGGCUGGCGAGGGCACGGACCCUCAAGCAUAGGAGUUGGAUCCGUGCCCCCUCCCCAGCGCCUGCGCACUGCAGCUCUGUUCCCCGCCCAACCCCGCCCCGAUCGCCCGGGUUUUCAAAUUUGAAACCUGCUCCUUUUCCCGCCUGAACGUGUUGACCAGCGGAGGGAGAGGGCGGGGCCGCAUGCAGCCAAUAGUGCCUCAGAAGCUCUCUGCCCCGCCCUGAAGGUGACGGCAGCCAGCCGCAGGAGGCCGUGGGCAAAUGGGCUAGGGUGCCCGCCGGCCCCGCCUCUGCGGCGCCCACGUGCAGCGACCGAGCUGGGGCCUCCCGGAGACCAAGGGCCCCGAGUACCAUUUUAGGUGCAGAGCCUUCGCUAUCAGCUUGGGGCUGGAAAACUGAGGCCCUGAUAUACUAAGCAGUAGGCGCGGGUCGUUGAGCGAAAUGGGCAAGACGGGGCCCCCUCCAGCCGGGGGAUUCACUCAAAGGCCGGGCCUGGAAUCGGCGCCCGUGGCAGCCCCGGGUGUCUGAGGGGGUGGGCGGGCUCGUGGAGGUGGUCUUCUCUUCCCUGGCCCCUUUCCAGGGGGCGGGGCCAAGGGCUGGGCCGUCCCGGGGGCGGGGUGUCCCAGGGGCGGGCCUGGGCCCCUAUGUUUGUUGCACCGUGUCAGUUACAUUGUAACAAAAGUGGUGCAGCCGCUCUUCGGGCCGGCACCCUAGGCCCGCCUGCCGCCAGCUGUCCCGACAUGGAACCCGUGGCCAGCAAUAUCCAGGUCCUGCUGCAGGCGGCCGAGUUCCUGGAGCGCCGUGAGAGAGGGGCGCCUGCUGGGACCAGCCCCAGCCUGAAGCGGGCUGGGGCUCUCUCUGGCAGAAGCCGAGCAUGGCUACGCGUCCCUGUGCCCGCUCCGCAGUCCAGGCCCAGUCUACAGGAGGAAGCGAUCCCCCCAAGUUUCUGGCGCGCCGGACAGUGGGCGGUCUGUGCACAAUGAGCUGGAGAAACGCAGGAGGGCCCAGCUGAAGCGGUGCCUGGAACAGCUAAAACAGCAGAUGCCCCUGGGGGCUGACUGUGCCCGCUACACCACGCUGAGCCUUCUGCGCUGGGCCAGGAUGCACAUCCAGAAGCUGGAGGAACAGGAGCAGCAGGCGCGGCGGCUCAAGGAGAAGCUGCGCAGCGAGCAGCAGAGCCUGCGGCGGCGGCUGGACUGGCUCCGGGGGCUGGCAGGGCCGGGCGAGAGGGAGCGGCCACGGGCAGACAGCCUGGACUCCUCGGGUCUCUCCUCCGAGCGCUCCGACUCAGACCAAGGUGAGUGGCCAGAAGCCGAGGGCUCGCGUGGGCGGAGCGGGCCAGGUCUCCUGACCGGACCCCUCCCUGCGCAGAGGAGGUGGAGGUGGACGUGGAGAGCCCGGUGUUCGGGGGCGAGGCUGAGCUGCUGCGGGGCUUCAGUGCGGGCCAGGAGCACAGCUACUCACACGGCGGCGGCACCUGGCUAUGACCUUCACCGACCCGGAGCGGGCCUCCGCCCGCAGACUGCCCUCGGCCCUGAGGCAGGAGCCCCGCAAGCCUCACGGGCUGCUUGGAAUGGACUAAAAGGACCCUUACACGGGAACAGGUGCCUGCCCCCUGCCAUGCCGCUGGCCGCCGGUAAUCCCUCCUGGGGGCGGGGUGCCUGAGUUUCCCCUGAGCCCUGCAGGGCAGGCAGCUUGGGCCUGGGCCACCCUUCCAGGCCACUUUUGUAGCACUUGGCUCUGCCGUCCCCAAGGGGGCAGGAAGCCUCUUGGACCCUCACGUUCCUUCCUAGAGAAGGCCCCCUGGC